UGGAGCAGGAGAGAGCCAGUGCAGCUUUAAGAGGUCAAGAACCGGUCUGAUGAGAGAAUGGAGCUGAGCUGUGUGUCAUAGGAAUACACACACACACACACACACACGGUGCGCACCGGGCCGAGGAUGAGCGCACGACACACGCACAGGCACACACACACUCAGGCUGAGAACGUGAGGACAUGUUUCGGAUAAGCAGCUGAAGAUGUGUGAUAGUGUAGAUGUUGAGGAGAAGCCCCCUGCUCCCCCCAUGAGAAUGAGCAGCAGCUCUCGUGACUCUUCAUCUGUCCUGCACUCAUCUAAACCGCUGCCCAUGGCUCCAGAGGAGAAAAACAAGAAAGCGCGCCUCAGAUCCAUCUUCCCUGGGGGGGACAAGACAAAUAAGAAGAAGGAGAAAGAGCGUCCUGAAAUUUCUCUCCCAUCUGACUUUGAACACACCAUCCACGUAGGCUUUGACGCAGUAACAGGAGAGUUCACUGGCAUCCCAGAGCAGUGGGCUCGGUUACUGCAGACCUCCAACAUCACCAAGCUGGAGCAGAAGAAGAACCCUCAGGCUGUCAUCGAUGUGCUCAAGUUCUAUGACUCCAAAGAAACCGUCAACAACCAGAAAUACAUGAGCUUCACGUCAGGAGAUAAAUCGGCUCACGGCUACAUCGCCGCUAACACACUGAACCGCCUCCUGUCCUCCGGGCCGCCAGUCAGCCUUAGAUCCUGCAGCGCUUUAUAUGAAAAGGAAACUGUGUCAAAACGCUGCAAAGCAUUCUGGCAGCAGGGAGCUAAAACAGCUUCCGAACCGCCCAUCGCUCCGCCAGUGUCUGAGGAGGAAGAUGAGGAAGAAGAGGAGGAUGAAGAAGAUGAGGAUGAGGAUGAUGACGAGGUGCCCCCUAUAAUCGCUCCAAGACCAGAACACACCAAAUCUAUUUACACACGCUCCGUCAUCGAACCCGCUGCAACCCCUGACCCUGUUAAAGAGGUCACAACCCCACCCGAGUCACAGGUCCAACCAGAGGAGACGACAACCUCCAGCACGUUGUACAGACACACAGACCGACAGAGAAAAAAAUCCAAAAUGACCGAUGAGGAGAUUCUCGAACGACUCAGAAGCAUCGUCAGUGUCGGGGAUCCAAAGAAGAAAUACACACGCUUUGAGAAAAUUGGACAGGGAGCGUCUGGAACAGUUUACACAGCCAUCGAUAUCGCAACAGGACAGGAGGUGGCUAUAAAGCAGAUGAAUCUGCAGCAGCAGCCGAAGAAGGAGUUGAUCAUUAAUGAGAUUUUGGUGAUGAGGGAAAACAAGAACCCCAACAUCGUUAACUACCUGGACAGUUAUUUAGUAGGAGAUGAAUUGUGGGUGGUGAUGGAGUAUUUAGCGGGCGGGUCUCUCACUGAUGUUGUUACAGAAACCUGCAUGGAUGAGGGACAGAUAGCGGCAGUGUGCCGAGAGUGUUUGCAGGCUCUCGACUUCCUGCACUCCAAUCAGGUGAUUCAUAGAGACAUCAAGAGUGACAACAUCCUGCUGGGCAUGGACGGAUCUGUCAAACUCACGGAUUUCGGGUUCUGUGCUCAGAUCACCCCGGAGCAGAACAAGCGCAGUACAAUGGUGGGGACGCCGUACUGGAUGGCUCCUGAGGUCGUGACCCGGAAAGCGUACGGACCCAAAGUGGACGUGUGGAGCCUCGGCAUCAUGGCUAUAGAAAUGGUGGAGGGAGAACCACCUUACCUGAACGAGAACCCACUGAGGGCGCUGUAUCUCAUAGCCACAAACGGCACUCCAGAGCUACAGAACCCUGAGCGUUUAUCCUCCGUCUUCAGAGACUUCCUGAACCGCUGUCUGGAGAUGGAUGUGGACCGGCGAGGAUCGGCUAAAGAGCUGCUGCAGCACUCUUUCCUGAAGCUGGCGAAGCCUCUGUCCAGUCUGACGCCGCUGAUUGUAGCCGCCAAGGAAGCCAUCAAGAACAGCAGCCGCUAGAGGGGACCUCACACUCACACACACACACACACACACACACACUCUCACACACACACACACACACACACACAUAAACA